CGGGCGCGGGGCCGGGGCGGCCGCGCCAUGGAGGAGGCGGCCGCUGCUGUCGGGGCACCGACACCCGCGGCUGCUGCUGCUGCUGCUGAUGCUGCUGGGGCCGAGCCAUCGCCCGGGGCCGCCGCCUCCUCUCCGCGCCGGCUGCUGGCGCUGCUCGGGGCCAAGCUCUGCACCUGGCAUAUUUGGAAAACUAUAUUUCUGGGCCAGAUGCUCUCCUUGUUUAUCUGUGGGACUGCUGUUACAAGCCAGUACCUGGCAGACAAAUACCAAGUGAAUACUCCAAUGUUGCAAAGUUUCAUCAACUAUUUUUUGCUGCUUCUAGUUUAUACAACAAUGCUGGUAUUUAGGACUGGCAGUGACAGUCUCUGUCAGGUCUUGAAACAGAGGUGGUGGAAGUACAUUAUUGUGGGACUGGCUGAUGUUGAAGCCAAUUACACGAUUGUAAAAGCCUACCAAUAUACAACCCUCACAAGUGUGCAGCUCCUGGACUGUUUUGGGAUUCCUGUGCUGAUGGCUUUGUCCUGGUUCCUUCUCCGAGCAAGAUACAGGCUGAUACAUUUUGUUGCUGUUGCCAUCUGUUUGCUGGGUGUGGGAACAAUGGUGGGUGCAGACAUUUUGUCAGGGAGGGAGGAAGGUGAAGGUAGUGACGUGGUGAUUGGAGAUGUCUUAGUGCUUCUUGCUGCUUCUUUGUAUGCCAUUUCUAAUGUGGGUGAGGAAUACAUUGUGAAAAAUCUGAGCAGAGUGGAGUUUCUAGGAAUGGUGGGCUUGUUUGGGACUAUUAUCAGCGGUCUACAGCUAGCCAUUGUGGAACAUAAGGAGAUAAUGAAAAUUCAGUGGAACUGGAAAAUUGCACUACUGUUCACAGCCUUUGCCGUGUGCAUGUUUGGGCUGUACAGCUUCAUGCCAGUUGUGAUUAAAGUUACCAGCGCAACCUCCGUCAACCUGGGGAUUCUGACUUCAGAUCUCUACAGUCUCUUCCUUGGGCUUUACCUGUUUCAUUACAAGUUUUCAGGUCUUUACAUCGUGUCCUUUGCUAUCAUCAUGGUGGGCUUCACCUUGUACUGCUCGGCUCCUACUCACCCAGCAGAGCCCACGGCCGUGCUGCAGCCCGCCAGCGCCGGCCUGGACAACGUGGCGCUAAAGCUGGAGGAGAACGAUGGCGAAACCCCCGCUGUCGCUGUGCAGUUCACCAGAGGAGAAACUGUGGUGCUCAGCACUGAGUAAAGAAAUGGCAGCACUUCAAAACAGAGAUUUUUUUUUUUAAUUGCCAAAUUUCCCUCAAAUAUUAAUCCAGAGAACUGCCCUACUGCCAAGGCACAUGUCAUACUGUGCUGGGUUUAAUGCACUUGAUGGACUUUUAAGGCCAGAUCCUCAAUCAGUGAAACUGUAUUGAUUUGCCCUUGCAGAAAAUCUGGCCUUUAGAUGAAGACAGAUUAGUAUUUAUGUGGAGUCUCUGGAAAGUGAGAGACUGUUAUUUUUAAGUGCUUAAUUAACUUAACAACAAAUGCUUGGGGAAAAAAACUAAGCCAAAGCAAGCUCCCAGGUCACUUAAUGGGGAGCAAAUAUAUUUUAUAUUUCAUUAGGGACCUAAAUCUGCAUGAUGCUGUCUGAGGGCUUCAUGAUUUCCACCCCUCGGUGCAGGGUGCCCUCAGACAGCAUCUUGCAAAAGCUGCUCAGCUUCUCACAGGACCUGGUUCAGCAAGCCACAGUACAUUCACACACCUUCUACGUGCCAGUGGACUUCAUUCCUCCACGGAAGGAUUUGCUGCCUACAUUCCACCCGAAUGUUCAUCUCUUCAUAUUGCUGCACUCCCUGUCGCUGCUGGGGCUGCAGCGUGUAUUUUAUUUUGAAUUUUGCUAGUAUGGGAAGUUUGAAUAUGUGUUUUUAUAAUUCCUCUUGUUUCUCUCUGUGGCCUUUUGUUUUGGUGCAUUUCUAUUACCUGUGGGGGAGGCAAAGGCAGGCUCUUCCUCUCUUCAGUAGAACUGAAAGUGGGGUUUUUUUCUGGAUGAGGUUUCAACGGAAGUUCGCUUCUCAGUGAAUUUCUCCCUGAAAUGGGACACAUUUCUGCUGAAAGAGUUGUAAUAAAAUCGGCAUUUCUUCAAAAAAUUGAAUCAUCUAGGCCAGCUCUCAUGGCAACAAUAAUGACAUAAUAUCCAAAAGGUUAGGUGCUUCCAGUAGAUACACUAGCAAUUUUCAUACCCUUCUUUAUAUUUACAAUAAAUGAUGAAAAAAUACAAGGCUGCAGUUUUAUGAUCGGUAAAACCAUACUGGGGUUUUAUUUUAUUUUAUAUUUUGUACAAGCCUUAAGAGCUCAGGUGUAUUAAGUAAAAAAAGAAUAAAGUGUUCAGCAGCUGGACAGUUGGUCUUGGCUUGCUUAUUUUUUAAGCUAGGAUGUCUUUACUACUCAAAAUUGUUUUCAUUAAUUUUGCCAACUAAAUAUACUGGCUAAACUUUGCUCUAGAAGAAAAUACAACAUUUUCUGAAGAUACUGGUGAUCAAAUGACACAGACUGGGUUUGUGUUUCUGGUGUAGUUUAUUCAAGCAAUAUUUUCCUGGAAAAAUCUUACCUGAUUGUUACUUACAAAAGGAAAACAAAGGUUCAACAGAUACUGCAGCAACAAUUGCUGCUUUUUCACUGUGCAGUUCAUGCACAGAAGUGUGAACAGGUGCUGAUGUUUUAUGGAAAGCAUUUGGGUCCUCUCCCAUGUAGAAUGCUUCUGAGGGGGGAUGGGAUUUAGUUUAUUUUCUAAAAGUAUGUGGUGGUAACAUCAGAACAUAGAGCAGUGUAACAUAAUGUAGAUUUUAUCCUACAGUGUGUGGGAGCGUGUAUUGGCUCAGGCUUUGGCCGUCUUCAGAACACAGGACCAUCUUGAGGUCGAGAGUGCUCAGGCAGCAGCUCAUCUUCUCAGCAUACAGACUACUGAAACCAAAAUUGUGUCAAGCAUGAGUGAGAUUCUAGGCACAGCCUGGAUUUUUUUUCUUCCAAGGCUUUUAAAAUCUGACUGUAACAAGAGGUUGGAAUCUGAUUCAAGUAAAUUGGGCCAGACAGGACUUCUGCAAGGAGAGGGGAGCAGUGUGGGGCAGCUUAGAUUCCCCAGCAUGGGCACUGAGACACCUUAGUGAUUUGACACUUAUAUUCUGAGUUGAAAACUUUAAAACUCUGUUUCACAGAUACAGACAGUGAUUGAAUUUCUUGUGCUGUCAUUUUACACCAUGCAAAAGAUUUCCUGGAAUAUUGUGGGAUAGCUGAGAUUCACGUGUGCUAAUGCCACCAAGAAGGUCUUUCAAGCUCUGUGGGGACAAGGUUGAUAUUUUUUGUCAAUCCUGUGAAUGACUCUGUGCUCUUGCCAUCCUCAUGAUGGCUCCCAUUUUAUCUCCUUAUCUGCUCCUGCUUGAUGCAGGCACCUCCUCUGGCACAUCCUGGGACGGUGGCCAACUACAUCCUGGUGGUCAUGCACACCUAGUGUCCUGCCUUUUAUCACCUUAAAUUGCUACCACAUCUCUGUGGAAUGGCUGGCUGGGUGGAGAGGAGGCAAAGUUGCCUUGCAGAAGAGGUCUGCAUGACAAACCAGCACCAUGGUGUGGUCCAAGCUCUGGGCACGUGAGGUACUUGAAGCCUGACCUUGAAGAGUCCUCAGCACAGGGUGCUGAUCCCUUGACCCUGCUUUGUGUGGGAGGGGGCCAGAUAUAUCAGUUGUCCUUGCUAUCUGUCCCAUGAAUCAGAAGGAAGUGGGUGCAGACUGUUGAAGAAAGAUGCAUUUGCUUCAGAGCACAAGUGACAAAUGUAUUGCUUGUGGGGAAACGAAUGUUUGGUUAAGCAAUCACGUAUGCCAGAUCCUCUGGUACCUCUGAGACAAGGUGCCUGGGUGAGUCUUGAACAUAAAUCUUUCUGGAAUAUUGGAAUAAGCUGGACCAAAAAAAAUAAAUCCAUCUGUCACUUGCAUUAAACACAAGAAUCCAAAUAAAAAUGUGUGACAUCCAGCCUUCCUUCAAGGUUUGGUUAUAAAACAGCAAAAGUUAUCUGGCAUCAAAAUGUCACGGUGUGUUGGGAAGGAAGAAAUUAGUGUGGCACUAAUUGAGUCCUAACAUCUCUAGAGCUUGAGGGAGAGGAUGGGCUUGUGGACAUCAGCUAUUUUAAGGUUUUUGACCUUUUCUAGGUCGCACAUACUCAGUU